GGGCCAAAUAAUUCCCAGGAUUUUUUGUUUCGUCUUGAUCAUCCCGCCUUGUCCCACCGCGCAGAGGCUCGAACCAGAACCAGACAGAGCCUUCAGCCCACAGCAGCAUCAUGGCGCCAGAUCAGUCACGCGCCAAGAAGGCUCCGAGAUCAUGGGAUGCUCUGACCCCGAGCCUUGCGCAAUGGAUUCUCGAUUAUCUGUCGUCAAUGGGCUUCGAGCAGCCCACGCCCGUGCAGAAAUCAUGCCUCGAAAUCUUCCGCGGCAACAAAGAUGUGGUUGUGGAAGCAGUCACUGGCAGCGGCAAAACCCUUGCGUUUCUGAUUCCUGUUGUUGAGCGAAUCUUGCGAGGCGCCGAGCCGUCGAAGCGACACCACGUCCAGGGCAUCAUAAUCUCGCCCACCCGUGAACUCGCGACGCAAAUCUACAAUGUCCUUCUCUCUCUCAUCAAAUUCCAUGCGCCGUCUAGCGAGAUGCUGUCAUUUGCCGAGGCGGACGAAAAGCGACCCGAGACGGCGCAUCCGGUCGUUGUCCCUCAACUGUUGGUCGGUGGUACGACGAAAGCUGCCGAGGACCUGAGCACAUUUCUACGCCUGUCGCCGAACCUCCUCAUUGCCACCCCCGGAAGGCUGGCCGAGCUUUUGUCUAGCCCCUACGUCAAGGCCCCUGCGUCAUCGUUUGAGGUUCUGGUCAUGGACGAAGCCGACCGCUUGCUAGACCUCGGUUUCUCCCAAGAGCUCACCAGAAUCCUUGGCUAUCUCCCAAAGCAGCGCCGUACCGGUCUGUUCAGCGCAUCGCUGAGCGAAGCCGUUGAGAAGCUCAUUCUCGUUGGAAUGCUGUAUCCCCACAAGAUCACGGUCCGGGUCAGGAGCUUGAAGGACGGCGGGAUCAUCCAGGAGAGAAAGACUCCCAUGUCGCUACAAAUGUCGUACAUCGUGGCCCCGGCGAGCAAGAAGCUGCCAGCUUUAUGCCAGCUUUUGGAGAAGCUCGAGCCGCGCCCUGCGCGGUCCAUCAUCUUCUUCUCGACUUGCUAUGCUGUAAAGUACUUCACCCGAGUUCUACAAGCCAUUCUCCCCCCUGGGUUCUCCAUCGCAUCGUUGCAUGGAAAGCUAGAGCCACAAGUCCGCGAGAAGAAUUUCGAGCGUUUUGUGAACGCAACCUCGCCCACCAUUCUCCUCACAACAGACAUCGCAGCGCGAGGCCUCGACAUCCCUCAGGUGGAUCUCGUAGUGCAGCACGACCCCCCCACCGACACCAAAGUAUUCAUCCACAGAUGCGGGCGUGCCGGACGCGCCGGGCGCCGAGGGCUCGCGGUCGUCAUGCUACAGGAGGGGCGGGAGGAGGAGUACGUUCAGCUGCUAGAGGUGCGCAUGACGCCCAUUGCGCCGCUCGACAAGCCGCUGAUCGACGUAUCAGACGAGGAAGCCGACCAAGUGUCGGCCAAACUGCGCGCGCAAGCGCGGGCCGACCGGGAAAUAUUCCAGCUGGCGCAACGUGCCUUCGUCAGCUGGGCGCGCAGCUACCUCGAGCACCAGGCCAGCUCCAUCUUCCGCAUCACCGACCUCGACUGGCGCGACCUGGCCAAGGGCUGGGGGCUGCUCGAGCUGCCCAAGAUGCCCGAGCUGCGGUCGCUCGACGUCGACCGGUCGCUCGGCCUGGGCAUCGAGACCGAGGCGGUCGCGUUCCGCGAUAAGGUCCGCGAGAAGAAGCGGCAGGAGGAGCUGGUCGAGUGGAAGGCCGCCAAGAGCAACGAUGCCUGGAGCGCCAAGCACGACCAGGAAGACGUCAAAGUGGCGAGGCGCGAGAAGAAGCGCCGGAAGCGCGAGGCAGAGCGGUUCAGCCAGAUGACGGACAAGGAGAAGGAGGAGCAGAAGAAGCUGGAUGCCUUGAUUGGGGAGGUGAGGAAGCAGACCAAGGCCAAGGAGGCGGCGGCGAAGGAGGAGGAAGAAGAAUUUGAGGGGUUUGGCGAGUAGGUUAAAAAGGAGAAAUCAAGAAGGGAGAUGGGAGGAAGAUGGGAAAUGAGAGUUGAUGAUUUUUACCCCAUUAUACCCCUUUUUGUCUGCUGGGAGAGAGAAUAUUAAGUCGGCAUGAGAAAUAAGCUGGAACAUUAGUUAAAAUGCAACAAUUUGGAGACAAAUACAUGUUCGUUAUUGCCUCGUAAUCUCAGUACCAUUGUCAGAAACAAAACGAACGUUGGUAUCAUAAACGAAACGACCUAGCAGCUAAUUGAAAGGAAAACGAAAUAACAAACAAAAGUGGUAUCCCUGGUUAAACAACUUGUCCCAUCCGGUAUUUCAUAUCGAUCA